GGGAUGUCACAGGUCUGAGCACAGAGCCAGGGGGGUGGGGAACAGCCAGGAAGGAUUGUAGGUUCUGCUGCUCGCUUGAUUAAGGGGGUCAGCGUGUGUAUGUGUCAUCGAGGUGGGCAGGGAAGGGGAGGGCUGUGCGUGGGGGGUGGGGGGAGGAUAUAUAGGCUGGUGUGGCUGAUACAGCGGAACUGAGCCUCGCAUCUGAAGGAGCCCGGCUACUGACAGCUCCCAGCAUCCUGCUUCCUGCUCCUUCCUGCACCAUGAAAAUCCUGUUCUGUGACCUCCUGCUGCUCAGCCUCUUCUCCAGCGCGUCCAGCAGCUGUCAGAGGGACUGUCUGGCCUGCAGGGAGAAGCUCCGCCCAGCUCUUGACAGCUUCAACCUUGAGCUGUGCAUCCUUGAGUGUGAAGAAAAGGACUUCGCCAGCCCUCUCUGGACUCCGUGCACCAAGGUCAUGGCCGGGGGCUCCUGGCAGCUCAGCCCGGCUGACCCAGACCACGUGGCCGCUGCUCUUUACCAGCCAAAAGCCUCUGAGAUGCAGCAUCUGAAGCGAAUGCCCCGCGUCCGGAGCCUGUUCCAAGAGCAGAAAGGGACAGAGCCCAGCAUGGGUGAGGCUGGAGAGAUGGAGCAGAAGCAGCUGCAGAAGAGGUUCGGGGGCUUCACCGGGGCCCGGAAGUCGGCCCGGAAGCUGGCCAACCAGAAGCGGUUCAGUGAGUUUAUGAGGCAGUACCUGGUCCUGAGCUUGCAGUCCAGCCAGCGCCGGCGCACCCUGCACCAGAAUGGUAAUGCGUAGCCGGAAGGGGAGCCCCUCCCAGCUGCACCGUCCACUUCAACCCAUGAGUGUCCAGGCAAUCCCCAAAUCAGCAUGUCUCCAGCCCCAGACCUGCCGGACUCGGCUGGGAAUCAAGAUUCCUUCUUCCCCAAGGCACUGAGGCCUCCAGGACCCCACCCCCAGGGCCCAGCACCGCCCUGUCUGGUUGUCUGUCCCUCCCCCUUCUCCCCCCACGGCAUGUUUCAUGACAACCCUGUUGCUACAUCAGAGUGUAUUUUUGUAAUUCCUCCAGCUAACAUCUAAACAGCCCAUCUUCCCUUCUCACCCGCCUCUUCCCUCUUCUAGGGCGGGUUAAAGGAACAGGAAAUCAAGCCUGGGGUUUUGACUUGUCACUGCCAUAAUUUGUUUGUAAAAGAGCUGUUCUUUUUGACUGAUUGUUUUAAACAGAGAUUUCUCCAUUAAACUUCUACUUAG